ACUCUACUGCACCAUGAACGCCUGCAGAUCUUCCUCUGGCUUUGAGUUUGUUUUACAAGAGAAGAUCAGUGACAGUGCCGGCAGUCUGCGGAGCCUCAUCACACAGAGUCACCUCAGACUAUUAGACCUUCAGAGAGAGACACAACGAGAGAUCUCAGACGUCAGCCAACAGUUAAGGUCAGUGCGACUGCAGCAGGAGGUCCUUCAUUGUGAAUCAGCUGAUCGACAGACUCUGCGAACUGAAGCUGAAAGCUUACAAAGAAGUUUAACCUCAGAGAUCUACACUUGUUCCUCUGGGAGCGAGCGGAACCUCCAAAGGGACGCCGUGGUUAAAGCCGCCGACGCGGAAAGGCUUCAGUUUCGUGAGCAGGCUCUCGUCGCCCUGCUGAGCAUGCUUGGAGAAAACAUUCAGAGGUAUCAAGAGGAAAGCAAAAAACUAGAUCACCUGACAGAAAAGCUCACAAACGGAAUGCCAGGGAAGAGCCAGCUGGACAGCAGCAUGGAAAAAGACAGCAAAGCCACAGUGAAUAACUUGGAAAAGUCCGCCACACUUUCGAACGGACACAUCGCCACAAAAACAGAGGAAGACCAGAAGAACCAAAAGGCUAACAAAAAGGCAUCAACUAAAACGACCAAUUUGUCCCGUUCGGGAAGCACAAAAAACCUCAUCCACAAGUUCAAUCCAGUUUCCCCGUCACAGUCGCUCCCCAAUCUUGAGGUCAAAGUUGAAACUUCUGUCCCUGCUGUAACCGUAUCUCCCCCAUCUGGGGAGUCAAAGAAUGUCUCCACCGGUCCUAACAAACACUCACGUUCCGGUCGGGACUAUCAGUUUGACCAAGAGAGCGAACCAUUAAGCCCUGCAUCUGAGGGCCCACCAACUCCUAAAGCGAACCAGAGCCCAAAGUACCAAAUGUUUCUGGGGUCCGAUCUGGUUGGGAAUGGCGGUAGCGGACCGGGUGGGCCGACUGGUUCCGGCUCCGGUGCCAACGGAAGUCUUUCCAAACCAAAUCAGUGGAAAUCAAUGGAGUCGCUGACGUCCUGGGACGGCAGGAUUGGCAGUGCUGAUCCUCCUAGAGUUUUUAACAGCCCUUACAGCACAAUUUCACUUGAUUACAACCCAACCAACCGGAUAUCAGAGUACAAGAUGCCGAACUCAUUGUCUCCAAACGCAUCUGAGAUGAAUUUGUUUGGUCUGAAUCGAAGCACAAGCCCAGUGUCUUCAAACACCCUUCCUGGUUCUCGCGUACGAUAUUCUGCCUACGACAGUCUCGCUAAAAGACGAGAGCAACAAGCCCCUCCAACCCACUUUUUCCUAAGAAACAAUCAACCCAACAAACGAGAUUUCAUUGAAGAGCUGACCAGACAGCUCGAGGAAUGUCAAAGAAGGAACCAGUUUCUGGAGGCAGAGAGCGUUGAGCUGGAGAACGAAAGGACUCAAAUACGUUUUGAGAUGCGAAAUUUGCUGGUGAACAAUGAGGAUCUGUUGCGAAUGAACACACAGCUUCAAGGAGAGCUGAAGAGAAUGAGAGACAGAAUCGUUGAGCUCGAGAGCGACUACAACGUCAUGGUGGAGCGUUUCAAACAGCUGGAGGUGGAACUGAAAGAGGCUCGAGAAGUCAUGGUGGAAGCAAACACUCAGGAAUACGCCUUCAACUUCCUGCAGCAGUCACUGAAAAACAAAAUACAGGACGCAGAGGAAACCAUUGACAAGCAGGCACAGCAUAAUCAGGAACUCUCUGAGAAACUGUGGCUGGCUGACAGGAAUCUGGAGGAGCUGGAGAUUGAGAGAGACACCAAAGGGAAGAAAACAGUGAAGCUCAUCACCACUGUAGAGAGGCUGGAGAUAGAGCUAGCGGAGUCUCUGCAGCAGUCAUCCCAGAUGAGUUCAGAACUGAGUCUGCAGCAGAAACUCAGAAUGGACGUACAGCUGAGAGUGGAGGAGAUGGAGGAGUGUGUGUUGGAGAAAGAGCAGGAGGUUCAGCGCUUACAACAAAUCAUCGGCCGUCUGCAGGGAGAGGUCUCUGAUAAGUUAACUGAUAAGGAGCGAACCCUAGAGGAUGAAAUCCAGCUGAGAGAAAAGAUACAGCUUCAGUGUAAACAGGCCGAAAGAGCCGUUGAAGAUUUACAGAUGGAGCUUCAGACUGUUAUUCAGAACAGAGAUGAUCUCAGCAAGCAGCUCAAACUUACACAGGAAACGGUGAUUGAUUUGGAAACUGACCUGGAGGAGAUGAGGGAGAAUGAGCAAAGAUUGAUCAACAAACAGAAGAGAGCAGUGGAACAGUCUGAACAGAUGCAGGUGAAACUGAUUCAGGAGAAAGACCUCACAGACAAGUUGGAGGUUGAGAAAGUGAUUCUAGAGAGACAGGUUCGAGAGCUGCGUAGUGAAAUUGAGGAGCUGCAGAACAACAAAGUUCAGGAUCAUGUGGUGACUAAGACAGAGAUGAGAGCUAAAGAACUUGAGAAUAUGCUAAGAAUAGAGGAGAGGAGUAAAGUAGUGCUGAACAACACCAUCAGUAAGCUGGAGAGGAGAAUUAAUGAACUAACUGAGCAGAUUGAGGAGGAGCAGAAACUGGCUCAGGAACAGAAAGACGCGAUGAAUCAGCGAAUGCGUUCUCUGAAGAGACAGCUGAACGAGGUCGAGGAGGAGGCGUGUCGGCGCGAGAGCCAGUUCAGAUACACACAGAGAGAGUUAGGAGAGGAAAGAGAGUCCAGCUCUCGAUUACAGAAACAACUGCUCGACCUGCAGCUCCAGAUGAAGAGAAAGGAGGCGAUUAUAAUCAGACAGAAGCUGGAAGUCUCCGUGUCUGAAGACGAGGAGGAGGUGCAGGAGCAGGUGAAGAUAGAAAAGCAGGAAGUCAAAUCUACAGAGACCAGUUCAACCCAGAAUUAAGAGCGAGAAUCUAGAUGUAUCUAACAGUGAAUGUAUAGAGAUAGUGAAUGUAGGACAUGUAGGAAAUGCAAUUUAAAUUUACUACAGAUGUAUGACAUCUGGAUAAACCAGGGAAAUCCAGGACAAAAACAGAGUCUAGUGGUUUAACAAGCCGGCUAUUUGGUUGAUACAACAUACUCUAACAAACUUUCUACCUGGGGAAUGAAACUUCUGUUUAUUUAGGGGUUAUUUUAUAAUACAGACUUUAUGAUGGACAGUGUUUUAAGUCCAGACAAUAAGCUUUCAUAUGUCUGAUAAGUGGUGUGCAGCGGGUUAGAGGUAAACAUACAGUUUAAUCACUGCCGAACAUAACACACAGUUAUCUAUUUCAUAAAACUAUCUGCAUGUCA